GUUUUAGUUGUUGAUUUAUUGCACCCAUCCCCAGCUGCUGAAGCUAGAAAGCACAAAUUAAAGACAUUAGUUCAAGCUCCUCGUUCAUAUUUUAUGGAUGUUAAGUGUCCAGGAUGUUUAAAUAUUACAACAGUUUUCUCACACGCUCAAACACCAGUUGCCUGUGAAGCUUGCACAACUGUUUUAUGUCAACCAACCGGUGGUAAAGCAAGAUUAACUGAAGGCUGUUCAUUCAGAAAGAAAUAA